AUGGGGGCCGCCGACCUCAACUACUUCACGUGCACCCUUGGCCAGGCUGCGCUACUGAAGAAAGAGGGUCGCCAACAGAAGGACUCAUUCCAGACGGUCAUUCAACUGAUAGAAGAGCAGGCUGAAAGUCUACCUGAUUCGCCUGCUCUUGGGUUCGCCAAUCUGCGGAAGGGAGAAUGCCGCAAUCAGAGUUUGCCCGACCAAGUCACCUUUUCGGAACUUUGCCGUCUAUCAAUAUCUGCAGCUGUACUCCUGAAGGCGUCGUUGCCCUCGGCCGCUGAUGGGCAAUAUUCAGAAACAGUCGGGCUGAUCUGCAGCAGUAGCUUGGAUUUCGUACUCACAUGGCUUGGUCUCAUGCAAUUAGGUCGCAAGGCCUUUCUGCUGGCUCCUCAAUUGGAUUCUCGAUCGAUAGACCACCUCUGUACUGGCUCUGACGUAAGAAGUAUCCUGGUGGACAAGGUCCACGAGCAGAGAACGUCGCAAUUUCGUGACAGCAUCAACAUCGUGAAGAUCCCACAAUACGAGGGAGACUCGCAGUCGAAAACAGACAUCCCGGAGGGCAAGGGCCUCAGUGGCAAAUCGUCCGAUAUUGCUUAUCUUCGCCACACAUCGGGCACGUCUUCGGGAUUACCAAAGCCCAUCCUACAGACACAAUGGGGAGCUGUAGGCUGUCUACCAGUUCUACCUGACCAAGGCCAGGCCGCAACCUUCUCGACCACGCCACUCUACCAUGGGGGUCUUGCCGACUGCUUCAGGGCAUGGACCAGCGGGGCCGCAAUCUGGUUCUUCGCCGAAGGGUUGAUGCCCAUUACCGGUGCCAAUGUCCUGAAAGCAGUCGCUCAUGUUCGCGAAGAAAGUCAGGCUUCUUCUGUCAAGUACUUUUCGUCUGUCCCGUACGUGCUUCAGAUGCUCGCUGAGGAAGACGAGGGCAUAAAACUUCUACAGACCAUGGAUAUGGUGGGCGUUGGCGGAGCUGCGUUGCCCCCUUCGGUUGGUGACAGACUAGUCAAGCUGGACGUCAACCUCGUCUCGCGGAUGGGGAGCGCCGAGUGCGGUUUCCUCAUGUCAUCACAUCGCAACUAUUCCGAGGACACGGAGUGGCAAUAUCUUCGGCCAAUGGACGAUCCAAGCUUCCUGUCAUUUGAGCCUCGCGACGAUGGUCUCUCGGAGCUCGUGGUGAAACCAGCUUGGCCUCUGAGGACAAAGGUGAACCGUGACGAUGGGUCAUAUGCCACGGCAGACUUGUUUGAGCCGCAUCCUUCGAUGCCAAACGCAUGGCGAUACGAUAGCCGUGCGGAUGCUCAGAUCACACUUGCCAAUGGCAAGAAAUUCGACCCGUCUCUACUCGAAGGCGCCAUUCGAGCUUCAACCGACAUGCUACAGGAUGUACUCAUAUUCGGCGCUGGCAGAGAUUAUGCUGGGGCUCUCCUAUUCAAAGCAUCACCCGAUGUCUCAACUAACGAUGUACUUGAUGCCGUAUGGCCAGAAGUGCAGCAAUUGAACACAAGAACGCAAAGCCAUGCUCGGCUGACAAAGGCGAUGCUGGUUAUUAUCGAUGCUGAAGGCCACGAUGCGCCCCUGCCGAAAAGUAGCAAAGGAACUAUACUGCGUCAUCAGGCUGAGGACCGCUAUGCCGAUGUCAUCGACUCGGCCUACACUGGCCGAGGAUCCAACAUGGGCCAGGCUCGACACAUGUCUGGCGAUGACAUCUUUUCAGUCGUCUCCAGCCUCUUCAGUGAGGUUUUGGGGAGAGAAAUUGAUGCCGAGCAAGACCUAUAUGAGCAGGGGGUCGACUCGAUUGCUUGCAUUCAGAUACGGAAACUCGUUGAGAUCAGUGUGCUGCCCCCGGGCUCCGCUCCAUUACCGAUGAACGUUAUCUAUGACAACGGCACCAUCCGCUCACUAGCCAACACCCUGGUAGAGGUUCGUCGGGGGACCAGCGAUCUGAAUAACCCUGCCGAUCAUCGCGAAGGGAAGUUGAUGAGAGAGCUAGCUGACAAGUACUGUCAAUUCCCGCCAAUGCAAGUGGACGUGAUGAAGAAAGAGGGGAUCGUCGUGGUUCUUACAGGGGCAACGGGGGUAUUGGGGGUUCACGUACUAUCACAGAUGAGCAACGACCCCAAGGUGCGCAAGGUGUAUUGCCUGCUGCGUGCAUCGACACCCUUCGCCGCCCGAGAGCGUGUCGCCAAAGCACUUCUGAACAAGAAAUUGAUCGGCCUGCAAGAGGUCACAGAGGCGCAUGCCUUGGACGACAGAAUUACCUGCUUACCUUGCGACCUAACCGGGCCUCAGCUGGGCCUCUCGGAUGAAAGUUGGAGAUGCCUGGUCUCUGAGGCUACCGUCUUCAUCCACUCCGCCUGGUCUGUCAACUUCAGUCUUCGGCUCACCUCAUUCGAGAACCAGCUUGCGGGAACUCUAAACAUGAUCAAUGCGGCUCUAGCAAGCGACUCGAAGUUCUUCUUCGUCAGUUCCACUGCGGCUGUGAGCAACACGUCUUCUGGUGACAUUGCUGAGAAGCCCUCGCUGGACCCGAAAGACGCAUCACCCUUGGGGUACUCAAGAUCGAAGUGGGUAGCUGAACGAGUGUGCUCAGCAGCACAUGAACACUUGCUUCAUGAUCGAACAUCAAUCGCAGACUCCCGGGGUAUUUCGAUCAUCCGGGUAGGGCAGCUCUGUGGCAACCAAGCUGGGGCUUGGAAUGCCUCUGAGGCAUAUCCACUGAUGUUGUCGACCGCCAGCUUCGCGGGAUGCCUCCCAGCUCUGCCCAGCGAGUGUCUCAACUGGUUACCAGUAGAUACAGCUGCAAAGGCAGUCUUGGAUAUCGCCUUGCCUAGCCCGGCAACGCAGAACAGGGGAAGCUCAACGAGCGAGUCGCAGCCCCCAAUCCCUGUGUACCAUGUGCUCAACCCGCACAGAACACCAUCCUGGCGUAAGAUGCUCGACUGGAUCGCAAAGGCCCCCGGCGGCUCGUCGUUCGAUAUAGUGCCAGCGGCUGAAUGGCUUGAUCGCCUUGAGAGAGCCUUGAAGGCGUCGGAAACGAAACACCCCUCGCAGGCGCUCUUGGGGUUAUGGAAGCGGAAGUAUUCCCUGGCAGAGACCAUUUCUCAAUCCGACGAGGUUGAAAAGUCCGCUGGGAAUGGUCCUCCCAAAUUCCAAGUGUUGUUUACCCAACGAACGUCGGAGACGAUGCGAGAUGUCGAGCCAUUAGAGGAGGGGGAUGUCAUUCGGAUGUGGGAAUGGAUACAGGGCAAUUCUUAG